UCACUUCUCCCGUCAUGCACCGCGGCACCUCUCUGACUGCAGCUGCGGUUCGGACGGGAACACCGACAUAAAUGUUUCCGUUUUAAUGAGAGUUUCGGUUAAAACGGAUCAGAGCAGCGGAGUCUGGUGGGCCGGUAGUCGAGCUGACGGCGGAUGCCGCUCACGGUGCGGAAUUCUAGCCGGAGGAGGAGAAAAACCCCGAGUGAGAAGCUCCCGGUGAUGGCGCCCACACGGAUGAAACUGCGCGUUCGUCGCCGUGACAACGCGGCCGGAGCUGCAGCAGGAGGCGUCCAGCCGGAGGAGGAAGAGGAGAGGAACCGAGAGAGCGGCGGCGGCCGCAGCAGCAGGAGGAAGAACACCAGCAACACUUCGACCGCAGCUGCCGCCGCCGCCGCCGCCGCCACCGCCACCUCCUCAUCGUCUCCUCCUCCCUCCUCCUCCGCCUCCACCUCGGCGCGGGCGGUGCUGGCGUCGGAGGAGGCGUCGCCUGACUCCAAGUGUCCGAUCUGCCUGGACCGCUUCAACAACCUGGCGUACCUGGACCGCUGCCUGCACCGCUUCUGCUUCCCCUGCAUCCAGGAGUGGUCGCACAACAAGGCGGAGUGUCCGCUCUGCAAGCAGCCGUUCGCCUCCAUCCUGCACUCCGUCCGCGCCGAGGACGACUUCAAGGAGUACACGCUGCGGCCGGCGCCCGCCAACAGCAGCGUCGCCGCCACGGUCGCCAUGGUGGCGGCCAUGGCGUCGGCGGCGAGGAGCGACCAUCAGAUGAGGCUGAUGCUGAGGAGGCACAGAGCGACCGACGGCGGAGAAAGCACGACAAGGAGGCGGAGACGGGAGAGAGGGGGGAGAGGCGGGGGAGGCAGGAGGGCGGGCGAGAGGACGGGGGUGUGGGAGUGGUACCUGGAUUCUCCUCCUCUUCCUCUCCCUCCUCUUCCUCAUCACCAUCCCGCCGUCUCUCCCGUCGUGGCGGAGGACAGCGAGGAGGGUGAGGAGCUGGGGCAGCAGAGGGUGAGGGGAGGGGCGGAUCUGGCGGAGCGCGGGGUGAUCUUCGAGGGUCUGACGGGUCUCACGGGGGCAGUGGCUCCCGUGGCGCCGAACGACCGGGCGUCACGGCGGCUGAUGACCUGUCUGGUGAUGAGGCAGCGGCUGCAGCGGCUGCAGAGGGAAGGCGGCGCCGUGCGGCGGGUGAGAGAGAGAGAGACGGUGGCCUUCCGCCGCGCCCUCUACCGCAGCGGGAUACGGGUCCGUGGGGUUGCCGGGGUCAACGGUAACCAGGGACAGCAGCAGCGUGACAUCACAGCAGAGAGCUUCCGCCGGACCCCCACCUACCUGAACAGACUCCGCCCCUGGCUGCGGCGAGAGCUCACGGUGCUGUACGGCUCACACGGCUCGCUAGUCGACAUCGUCCAGCGCAUCAUCAUGGCGCGCCUCGCCCGCCACGGCCUGGAGGACACGCCCACAAUCGAAGAGGAGCUGCGGCCGUUCCUAUUGGCUCGCACCGACCACUUCCUGCACGAGCUGGUCAGCUUCGCCCGCUCGCCGCUCAGCCUGGACAACUACGACCUGCAGGCGGUGUACGAGCCGCCGGCCGCCGCCAUGGAGCUGGACAGGAUGAGCAGCUCCACCGACAGCAGCUCCGUCAUCGCCAUCUCGGAGGGCGAGGAAGAGGAGGAGGGGCGGGCAGCCGGCGCUAACGAUGACAUCAUCCAAGCAGGAAGUUGUCUCAGUCUGUCAGCCUGGGACGACGAAACGCCAGGCCCCUCCUACUCUACCGCCGAACCGUCGUGUUCGUUGGCCCCGCUGUCGUUUAGCCCCGCCCCCCAGGAGGCAGCCAAUGAGGGGGGAGGAGAGAAGCGGGAGGAGGAGGGCGAGGAGGAGUGUCUGAUCGUCGGAUACAAGAAGCCGAUAGCGGAGCGGACUCCUGAGCUGGUUCAGCUGUCCUCCGACACCGAAGAAGAGGAGAAGGAGAAGAAGGAGGAGGACGCGGCGGAGAAACCCCCCCCCCUCUCUUAUUUACCCACAAUCCCUCCCUCCACGUCAGCCGCCUACAGAGAGGAAGACGACAGGCCGAAGGAGAAAGACGCGGAGGCCGGCGGGCGCCGCUCGUGGUCGGGCAGCUCGGUCAGAAGCCGGGACUCGGUGUGCACGCUCAGCCCGGCGACGCCCGGAGAGAGCGAGCGGCGGCGGGAGAGAGAGAGCUGGAGAGACAGGAAGCAGCCGGGCGGCGAGGAGGCGAGAGAGAAGAGGAGGAGGAAGAGGAGGAGGAGAGGACGGGAGCAGAGUCGCGAGCGGCUGAGGAAGAGCGGCACGCUUUAUAACCCCAACCGCUCCAUUUAUCCCGCCGUGAUGCGCCGCCGCUCACACUCGCCCUCGCCGUUUCACUCCAGCAUGGAGUCCGGCUCGCCGCUGCCUCCCAGCCCGGCAGAUUCCAGCUGGGAAUACUGCUGCUCCCAGGUCUCCCCUCUCACCUCCUCCGUCUCCUCGCCCUCACGCUCCUCCUCCUCCUCCUCGCCCCUCUGCUCCUCCCCGCAGCCGUCGUCACCACCGCCACAGACGCCGCCGCCGCCUCCGCCCUCGCUCUCCCCCGGCGACCGCGGCAACCCUCACCACGGCGAGAAACCCGGCGGGAAGAGGAAAUACAAGAGCCGCCACCUGGACAGCAACGACAAGGACCCGAGCUGGAGGCCGAGCGGCAGCCGCCGGCGGGAGAGGAGGAAGGAGCGCGGCGAGAAGGAGAGCAGGAGGCGCGGCAGAGACAGAGGGAGGAGGAGGGAGAGAGCGAGGAGGGAGAGCGCCGGCUACAGCGGGGAGAGCAGCAGCAGGAGGUGCCGAGAAGACCGGAGUCCCAGCGUGGAGAUCAUCUACGAGGGAACCAUCAUGGCCGACACGACGCAACCUCCAGCACGCAAACGCCGCAGGAAACACCGCAAGACACAACACAGCAGUUCUCCGGUCAUCAUCACCCUCGACAGUGACAGCAGCCACGACGACGACCACAACAAGAUCAUCAACAGCAGCAGCAGCAGUCCGCUCAGCAGCCAGCAGACCGUCGACUUCUCGGACCUUCCUCCCCUCCCGUUGGUGCAUUCAGUCGGUGUGGGCGGGGCCAUGGACGCGGAAAUCGGCGAGCUUCCCGUGGACAUCCUGGACAGAGGGUCUGACGGGUCGGAGACGGAGCCGGCGGGCAGAUCCAAAGCUGCAGAUCCCGUCGCCAGUGACAACAGCGAUCAUGACGUGGACGUGGAGAACAUCGAGGACAGCGGUUCACUGCUGGGAUGCGAUGAUGAUGAUGAUGAUGAUGAUAAAGAACCACCGUCUAUCAUGCAUAGACCAAUCAGAAAGGCUGAAACAAAGACAACUGGCUCUCAGCCAGCGGGAGAGAACAAAGCUACUUCAGUUAUAGUAGAUGGUGGAACUGAGGCGGGGGUUCGGGUCUCGACCUCUGACAGCCAUCUACUAGCAACGAUCCUCAACGACCUGGAGGGAAUCGCUGCUCCUAAAUGUGACCUUUCAUCAAACUUUGAGCCCAAAUGUUCAUCUGACACCAGAAAAAAGAGUUUUAGGGAUCAUUGUGAGGGACGCCAGGCUGAAACAAGACAUCCGGAUUUCCCUGAAGAGCGAUGGUGUAACGACGGCAGAGACCAAAGUCAGGGUUUUGACUUGCCGCCAUGUCACGCCUCCUUCCCCCCGCCGCCUCCUCUGCAGCGACUGAAGGAGUGCGGGGUCAAAGAGGACAGGGACGUCCCUCCACUCCUCAAACAGGCCAUCCCCGUUCAGUCGCACAACCGCAACACGCCGCCGCCAUUAAAACACAAGGAUGCCGGGAGUCCACACCUGUCCCCCAUCUCACCCAUUGACCUGAACUCACCUGACACUGAACCAGUCGGUGUAAAUUCUCCCUUUGACUCGAAUACAAAUCCCACCGCAUCCCAUGUUGACUCCCGUUUGGCUGCUAAAGACGACCAGGCCAUCCCUCCCAUUUCAACGCUGAAAAAACAUUUCACCAGCGCUUUGGCUUUAAGGAGAGAGAUGGCCCCUACGAGCAGCAUCGCAGCCAUUGACAUGCAUUCGUCCUGUAGUUUAGCAACUGUUGACUCCCGUUCAACUGCUCCUUCUAACGUCGGAGCAUCGACCAUCGGCAUCCAUUCCAUGAGCCACAAAUCUCCCGUUGACUUCCAUUCUUCUUCUGGGUCAAAUGCGGACCGCUUACCGCAUCUUGACUUCAAUUCUUUUCCAUCUUCACAGUUACAUUCCAGCCGUGCUGGCGCAAAGGAAAAACCUUCAUCUGGUCAUAAGUCGUCACCCAUUGAGUUGCAUCCUGUGAAUUCUUUAUCUCCCGUUGAUUUCCAUUCAGCCAAAACUGGCUGGUCCAAAGAGAGACCAGCUCACACCGACUCUACCUCCAGAGGUUGCCGGAAUACGACUCUUAGCUCGAAUUCCUGUCGGGUAGCACCCGUUGACCUCAAUCCUUCCAGCAGCGUCUCUGCUGAAGACACGCCGGCAGGAAGUGAUGUUUUCUCAGGAGCCGACUCUAACGACACAUCACCUCCUGUUUGUGUUUCAUCCAUUGACUCCAGGACUCUAAACCCCCCCUCACCCAUUGCCUCCCACUCAUCCAGUAACAGAGAGAAACUGUCAGAAAGGCUUUCACUGUCCAGAGUUAGAUCAGUGCCAUCAACGAGUCCCAGCGGCAGGUUGUCACCCAUUGAUGUCCGUUCUAGGAGUUCUAAAUCUCCUGGUGACCUUUACUCCUCCCGUGCAGCUUCAGAGGGACCGACAGACAGUAAGUCAAUAGUCAAUCAUGAGGAUAGAUCGCCUCGUGGUCACCUGCCACCUGUUAACUCACAUUCUUCCAGCUUUGCUCGCACCACGAUUGACGGACACUUCAACCACACGGCCUUCUCUCCCACCGAAAACAGCGUUACCUCGCAAACACCACAGAGAGAGUGCAGUUCUGAGUCCGAACCUACCGUUGAACCCCACUCAAAACUUCUGCACACCACUGACUCUGAUUCCAAACCUCACAACCACUUCGAUCCCAGUUCCAACCCACAGUUCCCCAUCGAUCCCAGCCCAAAACAUCGUCUCCCCGUUGACUCUCAGCCAUCCGUCGACUCUCAUUCGAAAAACUCCCGGAGAGACUUUCAGCUCCACGCAGACAAUCACAUCACAUCUUCCCCCGAAUCCGUGGAGAACCAGUGGAACUCCUCCGUCGACGCUCAUUCACACACUCAGUCGCCCAUUGACGAACACUCAGCCAACACUGUCUGGAACACACAUACACGCUCCGCCACGUAGAAGACGCCGGAAAUGAAAAGAGAAAAAAUUAAAAAUGUUUUGAGAACAGAAAGUUCCUUUUUUUGAUUUCCAUUUUUUUUUUACCUCCUGUUACUAUUUUUGUUUAAUUGUUUGGAAAUUGAUAGAAAAAUUGUGUUUCAUUUAAAAUGUAACCCCCCCGUUUCCUCCCAUUUCAUAACGCCUGUGUGUGUAUGUAAGGAACGUAGUCGAAAUAAUUAUUUUCAAAUGUAACUUGUGGUUUGUCUUUUCUGGGGCUGGGACAAUGAGAAAUUUUAAUAUUUGCUGAAAUGGUUCAGAGAUAUUUAUAUUUUUAAUUAUCUUAAUUGAAAAAUGUUUUGUUUGCAGCAGAUGAGCAAUAAAGCUUUAUUCAAUGACAACAUCUGUCAAACUAGAAGAACUUUCCUCAAAAUAAUCCUGUUAAAAAAAAAAAAAAAAAUUAUUACAUUUGUUGAAAAUCUGUUUUGUUUGUUUUUCUGGAGUUUUAUGGCUUUCAGACAAACAUAAAAUAAUAAAGAGUUUGAAAAAGUUGUUUAGCAAUGUGAUUGGAUGAAAAAUGAACUGCCAGAUUAUUUUAUUUAUUGAUUUAAUGAUCUUAUCAUUGAUAAUUAUUGAUGAACUGAUGAGUGGUCCCAGCCCUGGUUUACUCACUUCAGCAGGUUAAAACAAACAUUAAAGGACGAUUCCAAAGUGA